AUCAAUUUGUUACAAACUCCUACGCAGGAAUGGAGCUUAAGGACAAAAAAUAAGGCAAGAAAAAAGGGUGACAGUUGAUAUCCCAGACAGCUCUAUUCAAGUUUAUGAAUGAUUUACUCUUAAGGGUGGCAGGACUUAAUGCAAAUGAAGGUAGAGGAAACUGUCAGCUGCACUGUGGUUCAACCAAUAGAAGCACAGCUCCAUCUUGGCUGUGCACUAGACUGCAUUACAAACAGCCGAGACCAUCGCUUCAACAGCAGCCUUUCAGACAAGAGCCACUAGUUCCUGAUUCAGGUUGCCUGUCUGCAAAGUUUCAAGGAGUGGAAAUAGGAGGCAGAAAUACACUGAACCAACAAGAUUCAAAAGAGCAAUAUAGAAAGUGGAAUCUCUAAGAAUGGCCUCCCUCAGCUCCAGCCUCUGGAAUGAAACCACUACAUCUGUUUAUCAGUACCUCGGCUUUCAAGUUCAAAAAAUUUACCCUUUCCAUGAUAACUGGAACACUGCGUGCUUUGUCAUUCUGCUUUUAUUUAUAUUUACAGUGGUAUCUUUAGUGGUGCUGGCUUUCCUUUAUGAAGUUCUUGACUGCUGCUGUUGCGUGAAAAACAAAACUGUGAAAGACAUGAAAAGCGAACCUAACCCUCUUAGAAGUAUGAUGGACAACAUCAGAAAACGUGAAAUUGAAGUGGUCUAGCACUCUACAUAAGAAGAACAAAAUCUCUGAAAAUGGCCUUCAACUACUGAGAAAAAAAGAAAAUUUUCUGAGGCCAACUGUUAUUACAAAAUUGACUGACUGAUUGAUUAAAAGAUUUCUACUAGAAGGGAAAAACAAGUUAAAUAUGCACUUUUUGUCUGUGAAUCCCUGUCAUUAAAUAUACAGUAAAACUUCACAAAUGUGAGUAAUUUACCAAUCUAUUUAAAAUGACACUUCAAAAACUGGAUAAAAGCUUCCUAACAUUUAAUAUUAGGCAGCAAAAGGUAAACUGGAAAACAUAAGCAAGGCUAAUGAUGCCGAAAUAACUUAUACCUAAACAAGUCAAGUGGAC